GGGUUUCGUUUUCGGAUAUCAAGAAAGCAAAGAUGGAUAACAACGAUACUCUGCCGAGGUUGAACACGACAGCCGCACAAAAUGAGACCAUCUCUGAGAGAUAUAUGUCAAUUGCUCAAGAAGGUGAUGUUGAUAAAUUCCACGCACUGGUUGCUGCAGAUAAAAAUGUUCCAGAUGCUUUAGAUGGAUUUGAUCGAGGUCUCUAUGACACACCAAUGCACGCCGCUGCACAAUGUGGACACACUUAUCUGGCUCUGGAAAUCAUGAAUAUCAAGCCUUCCUUUGCUCGGAAGCUUAACGCUUCAGGGUUCAGCCCCAUGCAUUUGGCGUUGCAAAACAAUCAUUCGCAUACGGUGAGAGCAUUGGUGACCGAGGAUAGAGGUUUGGUCGGCAUCAGAGGAAGAGGAAUGAUCACUCCUUUGCAUCACGUGGCUAUGACUGGCAACGAAGAUUUGUUGGAUGAGUUCUUGGUUGCUUGCCCUUCUGCCAUCGAGCGUCGGACGAGCAAGCGUGAGACUGCCGUCCACAUUGCCGUCAAGCAUGCAAAGCUCGGGGCAUUCAAGAUUCUUGUAGGAUGGCUGAAGCGGGUAAAUAGGGAGGAAGUCUUGAAUUGGAAGGAUGAAGAUGGUAAUACCAUCCUUCAUAUCGCUACCUCUACAAAUCAAACUGAGGUCGUGAAAUUGAUAUAUAAAGUUGUCAAUGUCAAUGCGAAGAACUUGGAAGGCCGUACAGCCAAGGACAUAUUCAUAAGCAACGAGGCUUCUCUUGCCCCCGAAAUAGGCAGACUCCUUGUAGCUGCCAGAGCUAAAGAAGGACAUGAGGUUACUGGUUCGGAGUCGGAGACGACUUGGGCAAACUAUCUUAGACGGCUUUUACAUUUUUGAGUGUUGGAACGAUUAUAUAUCAAAGAAAACGUAAGGGUUUAUUGUUUUGCCAUCUUUCUCUCUUCAGAACUGUGUGUUAUGUGGCGUAAGAAAGUUUAUAUGUCUUCUUCAUCCAAA